AUGGCUCCUCCCGCCUUGAGGAGCCUCCUCAUCGGGGCCCUGGCAUGUCUUCCCGCCCUCGCGGCGGCCCAGCGCAAUUAUUCUACCCAUGCCGACAUGCUGCGUGCUCAACUGACACUACUCGAUGAUCGUCCCGCCGACUGUCCUCCAUGCUUCAACUGCCUUCUCCCCGCCCACAAGUGUACUCAAUUUGCCGGUUGCAAUGAUUACACUGGAAAGUGCAACUGCCCCGAGGGUUUCGGCGGUGAUGACUGUCUUGAACCGCUCUGCGGUUCUUUAUCUCGGGGCGACAACACCGAUAGGCCACGACGGUCUGGUGACCUCUGCGAAUGCGACGACGGCUGGACCGGCAUCAACUGUAACGUUUGCACCAGCAACAAGGCUUGCGACGCUCUCAUGGAGACAAAGGAGGGUGGCGUGUGCUAUCAGAAUGGCGAGGUCAUCAAUCACAACUAUCAGAUCUGUGAUGUUACGAAUAAAAAAAUCACGGAUCUUUUAGGCGAGAAGCGACCUCAGGUUACCUUUACCUGCAAGAAGGAGGAGGGCAACUGUGAUUUUCAGUUUUGGGUUGACGAGCGCGAGUCCUUCUACUGCCAUUUGACCGAGUGUGAGUCCAAGGCCGACAUCAACCAGUACCAAAACAGCACGGACUACAAGUGCAAAAAGAUUGAAUGUAACUGCAUAUCAGAACGCAUGCUUUGCGGUGAGAAUGGCUCCGUCGACAUCAGCGACUUCCUUGUCGAAGAGAUCAAGGGCCCCGCCGAGUUCGAAUGUCUUCAGAAGAAUGGAGGAAUCAACAACUGCGCGUUUAAAGAACCCGCAAUGGACGAUCUCAUUCUGUCUUUGAUCGGUGACAGCAGCAUUCAGUUGACCUGCCGCUCUGGCGAGUGUCUCUACCACACCGAGGUUCCUGGCUACGAGCGUCCCGUUAAGAAGAUCAACACCCCGCUUAUUGCCAGUGUUAUUGCCGGAUGCUCUUUGUUCGUUGUUGCCGUCAUUUUCCUCACUUGGUAUCUAUCUCGGAGACAGUUCAAGUAUGGUGCCAUUACAUUGGACGAUUCUGACGACGAGAGCUUGAAGCUCAUGACCGACCACAAACCUGCUUCUCUGUACUUCGAGAACGUGGCGUAUGAUCUCAACGGCAAGCGAAUCUUGAACAAUAUUCAGGGCAUGGCCCAUCCUGGAGAGGUUACUGCCAUCAUGGGUGCGUCAGGAGCUGGCAAGACUACGUUUCUCGACAUCCUGGCCCGGAAGAACAAGCGAGGAAAUGUUUCUGGCGAUUUCUAUGUCAACGGUGAAAAGGUGGAUGAUGCGGACUACAAGAAUGUCAUCGGUUUUGUCGACCAGGAAGACACAAUGUUGCCGACUCUCACGGUACACGAGACGAUUUUGAACAGCGCCCUUCUUCGUCUUCCUCGCAACAUGGGUCGAGCCGCCAAAGAACAGCGAGUCUUCGAAGUAGAGAAACAGCUUGGCAUUUAUCACAUUCGCGACUCCCUCAUUGGCUCCGAGGAAGGCAAGGGCAGAGGCAUCUCUGGUGGCGAGAAACGCAGAGUCGGUAUCGCCUGUGAACUGGUCACAAGUCCCUCCAUUCUGUUCCUGGAUGAGCCCACCAGUGGCCUUGAUGCUUAUAACGCCUUCAACGUUAUUGAGUGCCUGGUCACGCUGGCCAAGAACUACAAGCGUACGGUUGUCUUCACGAUUCAUCAGCCCCGUUCCAACAUUGUGGCGCUCUUUGAUCGGCUGAUUCUGCUGGCGAGGGGUGGAGCGGUUUACUCUGGUCCAUUCUCUCAAUGCCAAGGCUACUUUGAUCACAUCGGCUACUCGUGCCCUCCUGGCUUCAACAUUGCUGACUACCUCGUCGACCUCACUAUGCACGCCGGCUCCACUACAUCCGAGGAUGAUGGCACUGUCAACGCUGAAAUUGCUAGCUUGGGCCCUAGCAGUACGACCGCAGUCAAGUCGAUUGCGAGCAUCUCUGGAAGCAUCGGUGACGAAAGCGGCGUUGAGUCAUCGUCUUCGCGCCCUAAGAACAAGCGUCGCGAUUCGGUUAAGGUUCGUCAAGAACGUGAACUUUACACCCGCCGUAAGAACACUGUGGACACAGCGGCAUCAUCGGACGCUGGUGGAGAGGAUGUUGGAUCGUAUAAGCUCCAGAAUCAACCUGCAGGAUUUGUUCCGUCCAUUAACGUGGAAGAUCCUCAUGACUUGCCCCCUGCCGCCUACGCCGGUACCGACCUAGAUAUCUUGAUACGAUCAUUCGCGGAAUCCGACAUUGCCGGCUCUACUCAUGACGAGAUCCAACAAUCCAUCUCGGCUGCACGAGGUGUCAACGGACAGAAUGCCAAUGGAUACAAUCCAGAGGGCCCUAACAUCAACAUAAGUGCCGUUGGCAAAGGUUAUGCUCGCGUGGGCUACACUCGGCAGUUUAUCAUUCUGUCCCAGCGAACUUGGAAGAACCUCUACAGGAACCCCAUUCUCAUGCUGACCCACUAUGCCAUCGCCAUCCUUCUCGCAGUCCUUUCUGGUUAUCUCUUCUACGGCUUGACUGACGAUAUCCCUGGAUUCCAAAACCGCCUGGGUCUGUUUUUCUUCCUUCUAGCACUCUUUGGAUUCAGCACCUUGACGAGCUUGAACGUCUUCGCCACCGAGAGACUGCUGUUUGUUCGUGAGCGUGCCAAUGGCUAUUACCACCCGAUCACAUACUUUGCCGCCAAGAUCCUGUUCGACAUCAUUCCGCUCCGAAUCAUCCCGCCACUUCUCAUGGGCGCCAUUAUUUACCCCAUGACUGGUUUGGUUCCUGAUGCCGGCCACUUCUUCAAGUUUAUCCUCGUCUUGGUUCUCUUUAACUUUGCCGCCGCUGCAAUUUGCCUCUUCAUUGGCAUUAUCUGCAAGGAUGGUGGUGUGGCGAACUUGAUUGGCAGUCUGGUUAUGCUCUUCAGCUUGCUCUUCGCCGGAUUGCUGCUUAACCACAAUGCCAUUCCUAAGGCUGCUCUUUGGCUUCAAAGCCUUUCCAUCUUCCACUACGGGUUCGAAUCACUCAUAGUCAACGAAGUUUUGCAGCUCACGCUGGUUGAUAAGAAGUACGGUUUGGACAUCACUGUGCCCGGAGCAGCUAUCUUGAGCUCCUUUGGGUUCAACAACGACGCUCUUUGGACAGACGUUAUCAGCCUCGGUGUCUUUGGAAUUGUGUUCAUCAUCCUUGCCUACGCCGCCAUGCAUAUCCUUCUUAUCGAGAGGAGGUGA